AUGGAAUCCUUUUGGAUCGGUCUGUUCAGAGACGCCUGGAUGUGGUCAGAUGGGAGCAGUUCCUCUUUCAGACAGUUUAACGAGCAGCAGAUUAAAGGUUAUGCAGCUGAUAUGAAAUGUGCUGUGACCACGUUGAAUGAUGGAUGGAAGCAAAGUGACUGUAGUGACAGAAAACCCUUCUACUGCUAUGACGAUAAAGUGAUCCUGAUCAAAGAGGCCAAGACGUGGGACGAGGCCUUGAAUUACUGCAGAGAGAAGCACCAGGACCUGAUCUCCAUCACUAACCCUCACCAGCAGAGAUGGGUACAAGAGAGAGCCAAGGAUGCCGACACUCCCUUCGUCUGGGUGGGAAUGCGCCCCACCUGCACUCUGAGUCGAUGCUUCUGGCUCAGUGGCCAGCUGUUCUGCUAUGACAAGUGGGCGUCAGACAAAAAGACAGAGAAGUCUAACAUGGCUGCAGCCAUGGACAGAGAAGGGAAGGGGUUUGAAAAGGCCAACACUAACACCUUUAAUUUCAUCUGCACUUUAUAG